CUGCGAGCGAGCGAGCCGAGCAACAUAAUCUCCCCCGCCAGGCCUCUGCCGUGCUUCGCUUCAUCCCUCGAUCUGCUCUGUCUGUCUGUCUGUCUGUCUGCAUUAAUCCGCUCAACUCAAGCCUCGAUUGCGCAGGCCGAUCGGGGAGUGCGCGCUCGCGGACGCGGGCUGGGCAAAUUUUUUUUCCUCUGUUUCUCGAUGUGCUCUCGGUGUGCAUCGGGUCAGUUUUGAACCUCCUUCGCGGAGUACUGAAUGCUUGUCGCCAUUUUGCGCGUGGCGUGAACAGAGAGAGGGAGCGAGGGAGGGAGGCAGCAGCAGCAGCAGAGGACGCAGGCAGGCAGGGAUUAGGGAGGGAGGGAGGGAGGGAGGGAGGGAGGGAGGGAGCAGCAGAGGGCGAGAGCAGGUGUGGAUCAGGGCGUGGUCGGAAGGGGGUGUAGGACGGAAGGAUUCGGAGGAAUUGAGUGGCGUGCCGCAAGGCAUUCCGGCGGAUUGGGUUGAGAUCCGGUCGUGGAAGGGGAGGAGAAGGGUGGGGUGUGGUGUGGAUGUGCUGGGAGGUCGGCCAGGGGAGGUGAUCGUGGUGCCAGAGAUAGUGACUCGUUGAAUCUCCGAGAUUGGAUUUUUUUUUACCCUCCAUCUCGGCGAUUCGCAUCCAGUGAUUGUGAUCUGUUAGGAAGUUGUUGUUUUUGUUGUCGUGGCUUCGUUCGGCGAGCAGAGCUGGUCGAAUUGCGGUGAAAUCGGUCCUUGGUUCGACUCAUCUUUUUGUUCAGAGUUCGGCCAUGUUGUUGACGCGUUUCCGAGAGGCCUUGGGGAAGGCCAAUGCGUGAAUUUCACAAGCAGAGUCAUGCCGAAGCGUUCAGCUUCUCUUAAGCCCUCCAGUAAAUCGUUCAGUCGAAGAAGGCGUAGCCACACUCACAGCUCAGUCAAACCCGUUCCUCCUCAACAUGGCGCAGAAGUUGGUGCUCUGUCAUCGUCUGUUCAACCUUUCUCCUCGACUUCUCCUCUAUUCUCCCUCCCCCUUCCUCCAGGGUCCUCAGCCCUUUCUCUUUCUGCCGCAGUCCCUGGUUCGUCCUCAUCUGCGGCUUGUGAGUCACAUUCCGCAUCUUUCAGUACAGAAUCGUUUGCGUACACAUCUUCGUCUCUUCCAUCGCUGAUCCCCCCGAGCAGUCCAUUCCUCUCGGCAUCUUCAUCCCAAAUAUUGCGGUUCUCUUCGACGGCGUCGCCUGAUCCCUCCUCAUCCAUUCCUUCCAAGCCCUGCACUGUCCCUUCCACUCCUCCACAAUCCCUGGCCCCCCUAUCUGUCUCAGAAACUCAGCAAACCCCGUCGGUUGCCGGGUCUUCUUAUUCACCGAACUCGAGUGCCCAUCAUGAUGCUCUGUACGAGUACGUCAAGGGUCUGCAGGAAGCAAUUAAAAGCGGAGAUGCCGAUUUUGCAGAGCGUCUCCUGCAAGAGUUGGGAGAGGCGGUCAACUCCCCAUCAGCUGUAGCACUGAUCGUGUCAGCCAAUGGAGCCCGUCUGAUUGCGUCCACGGUGAGACAAUUUCGUUGGCAUGGACUGCAGAAGCCUGCCAAGGGUUCAAUGAAGGGCGGACGGGCAGGUUCAAGUAAAUCUUCUUUGAUCGCGAAGCAAUCAGAGGCUGACCCUUCCAAUCCGCCCGGAAGAUCAGGGGGAUCGGAAAGCACCCAUUCUGAUGAUGGAUGUAUACAAUCUGAGAGUUGCCAUUCCUUCCAGUCAGCAGACCACCACUCGGACGGGAAGAGUUUGGCCUUAUCAUCACACGUAGAGAUUUCUCCUUCCAGCAUCGUUGCUCCCAAUGAAUCAAGGCGAAAGCGUCAGAGGACUUCCGGCGAACUUGAGGAGGAAGACGAUGUCAAAGAAGGUUUUUCGGAUGAAAUUAGGGAUAGUGUGAGGGCAGAGUUCUCGACCAGAUCUGCUGGUGAAUUCUCAGGGCAGUCGGAUGGUGGAGCAGAUGUGUUUAGAAACGUUGUAGAGGCGGCAUCCAGGACCCUUGGGCAGGAUAAUGUCGGAUUGGAAGGCAAAUCCCCCGAGGACGCGCUUAAGAAUAUUGCAGCUAGAGUAGUGAGAAUUAGAGGUCGAUACACGCGGAUAGUGAGAUCGAGAAGAUACACGAGGGAACCCCUCAAGGUUAAGGACAGAACAGAGAUUUCUGAUUGUGGACAACCGUCCUCCCAGUUGGAUGAUUCAGGGCUAGGAGUUGUCGUAGCUGGAUGGUCUGGAAUUACUCUCGUACCGGAAGAUGUCAGCAGCAGCAGAAAUGCAUCCGAGCACCACGCACCGGAUCAAGCGAAUUCGUUUUGUCCAGAAUGUAUUGCCCCCGGGAACUCUGACCAGUUGGUUCCCGAGGAGGCCACAAGCUCGGAUGGAACGGUGGAUCCUGUUGCAGGGGCUCAGGCCAGAAGUGUUGAUGACCAAGAAAGUGUGGCCGACCAAACAUGCCACACUUCCGGCACGGAUUCAAUGCCUAAUUCCAGCCCUUCUUCAGAAAAUACAAAGAAUUGCGUCUGUGACUCUAGAGCACUGUCCAGGCCUCCGAACAAGAAGCUGCAGGUAGAUCAGUCAGCCGUAGGACUGCAGGCGGUUAUUGCGCAGGCAAAUUCAGAGAUUGGAUUAAUAGAGGUUCCUAUUGACUCCUCUGCGGAAGAGGUGGCAGGACCUUCAGAUCAGAGCAUCGAAGGGGAGGUGUUGGAGGUGGUAACAGCGGCGGGAAAUGCAUUUUUGGAGUCUGGAUCAUCAGAUUCCAGUGCCGUGACCAGAAGUCAGGCUGGUGGUGCAGGACGUGGUACCGUGGAUCCUGGAGACAGAGGAGCUGGCUCACAAUUACAGGGAGCGGAGCUUCUCAAUGGAGCAGGAAUUUCUCAGGUGGUCUCAAUAGGAGACAAAAGGAUAACUAGCAAGUGCUCGAAAGAGUCCAUGCUUGAGAAGAAGGUUAGUCGAUCAGAGCAUGCGGGCAGCGACGAGAAGAAGAGGGAAACACCCAGCGUUUAUUCGCUUGCUAAGGGAGCUGGGAUGCCUGAUGUUGUGGCAGAAGGCUGCAAUGCUUUGGACAAGCUCGCUACGACCGCCUUUCGAGGGAAGGGCGCCCCUGCUGCAGGGAAGGUGGCUGCUGUUACAGGAGUCGCUGCGGCGAAGAGAGGCAAAACGUUCUCGGCUGAAAUGUAUGUUGCGCUCACGGAGGCAUUCGUGGAUCUUCUGCAGGUUUUGAAAGACAACGUGGCUCUUCUCAGCUGGUGCUUGGGCUGUUUGGGUAGUAUUUUACCUCCGAGCAGCAACGAUCGGAAUUCAAGCGAGAGUUCGUUGAAUUUACCUGCCAGUAGCAAGGCUCCUUAUGUGACCAGUAAAGAGCUGCUGAAGGUCAGCUCCGGCAAAGGAGCGAAAUAUGACGGAUCAUCUGGAGUUGCAAUGCAGCAACAGUCCAGUCGGUCGUUUAUGGACGAUCAAUCGGUCGUCAAAGAAAAAGAGAGCAAGUCAUCGAAGCUUCUACCGAAAUUGGCAACAGCCAGCUACGCCGCGGCCGCUUUGAGUGCUGGCAACGGAAAGUCAAACGGAACUGCGCCUUCCACAUGCAACGGGCUUGCAUCCGAAUCCAGUGCAAGCUCUAUAUCUGCUCUGGCGGCCGUGGCCUAUGCUGCCACUGUUCCAAUGCUUGCAGAGAAGGCGGUGAAGGCUGUCCUGAAUGCCAUGCAAUCGUGUGACAUUGAGGCUCACUCGACACACUCUGCUCUGCGAGCAUUGUCAGCUCAUCUCUCUUGUACGAAUUCGAAAUAUGUCUGCGAUGAUGCCUUCGCUUUCAUCAUAGCAGCUAUGCGCGAAUUUGUCAGUGACGCCGAGAUGCAAGCCGAAAGCUGUAUCGCCGUGGUAUCACUACCAAGAGCUGUGAGCUCUACGACUGGUCACGCUGCGUGGGCCGCAAUAAUUGUCUCCAUGGACCAUCAUCGCUCAAAUCUUAUGGUUCAGAGGGCAGGUUGUGGCACUCUGCAGUUACUUUGCACCCGUACAGGCUUGGGUGUUCCAGAAUGGGGCUCUGGCAAGCGACCUCUCAGAGCAGCCAAGGAUGCAGAUCGGGAGACAGGAGCGCGUGCCCUCAUUGCAGCUAUGGCAGCGUUUCCUGAAGAUGUGAGGAUUCAAUGGCAUGGGUGCAGUACUUUGUGGACAUUAGUUCACAGUGCUGGUGUAAGGAGCGUGACGAAUAUGGUGCGAUAUGGUGCUGUUGCAGCAGUUGUGGGUGCAAUGUCUGUCUGCAGAAUAAAUGAGUUGAUGCAGCAGGAAGGUUGCAAUGUCUUGGGGACCAUGGCCAGAACUUUGGCUGAAAAUGGUCAUGAUGUAGGACCAUUGAUAUGUGGAGUGGCUUCAGAGGUCCAAAGACCUUCAUGUUCACCCGGAGGUGACCAGGUUGUUAGCUCGACCGAAAGGAGUGCUUCAGAUGGCCAUCCAAAGCAAAGCACUGGAGCUGGGAAGAGGAGAGACAGAAAGGAUGGGCCGCCUACUUCACCGGAUGACUGGUGGGCAGCUCUUUGGGCCGUUGUUACCGCGAUGAAAGCUUUCAACAAAUCCAAAUCAUUGCAAAGCAACGGAACGUUUGCUUUAGGGUGCAUUCUAAAAGGUUCUGGUGAAAACUUUCAGGCAACAUCUGGAGUUUCUCCAAUGCCCGGAAUGCCGUUGAGCAACAGCAAACCCUCCGAGUAUGGACUGGCGCCGAGCAGAUCUGCCAGUGACUUACAUGGGAGGGCGCCGUCAGAAGGAGGAGCACAAGCAUCGUACAGUGGAGUUGGUAGUGAUGGGCCAAGUUUCAGCUCCAGCUCCAGCUUUCCUAACUCCGUCACUGGUAAAGAUGUAGUAAAUGAUGUAGAGAGGAUGGAUGCAGUUUUUGAAGUCACCAUGACGGCCAUGCGCGAAUUUCCGAAGGUAGAGACUGUGCAAGUCUGGGGUUGUGCUGUACUGCAGCAGGCUUUUCUAGCCUAUGUGCACUAUGCCAAGCGUCUCGCACCGGUCUCCAUGGCUCUUGAAGCUAGCCUGUCGGCCGCGCUUUCACCUCCAAAUAGUGCUUCAGUUUUCCCACCUCUUUCCACCAUAUUCCGGACACCCUCUUGUUUUGGAAACACGGAGCCAAUACCAAAACCAUCUGCUCAAGCCUCCAGUUCUUCAUUCCCGACGUCUUUUGCUCCGUCAGCUCCUUUGAACCCGAAGAAUCCUUCUCCUUUUGGAACCUCAAAGUCUGCCUCAGUGAAAUUCUCCACUGCUGGGAAGUCGGCUUGGUCUGGGAGGCCUGAUUCUUGGCGCUUUUCAUCUCCGAUAUCCAAUCUUGGUCAGGCGACUGACGGGUCAAAUAAUUUAGACAGGAGUGAAGGCAAAGCUGCCGGGGAGAAUUUGUUGAGCUCCUCUGUAGUUGUGUUGCAGAAUGGAUUUUAUACUGCAGUUCCAGGUACCUCGGAUGGACGGACGACUUCGAAUGAAGAACUUUAUUUUCCCUCUGAAAAGUCGUUCACAGCGAUGACCGCACAAAGUCAGCCUCUUCUAGGGAGUAAUAAGAGUGGGACCAGAUCCUCGGUGCCUAUAGGAUGUACACCAACUCUUUCUUUUGGUGAAUCUUCUGGAGCAACAAAAGAUCAAUCUUUAGUUGUCACCGCAUCCCCCUUGUUUUCAGCCCAGAAGUCCUCGAAUAAGGCGGUAUCCUUCUCCAGUCCUGCUUCAUCCGCAAGUCUUUCAAGAGGGCCUCCUUGCUCUCCAAGCUUGAAGACAAUGGAAUCAAUCCAGGAUAAGUCUGAGUUUAAGCUCUUUUCAAAUGGUCAUCAUUUCCUAGGCUCUCCCUCACCUGUUGAGUACGACUUUGGUCGGGGCCGUUCCCUCUCCAAUACUAUGCCCCAAUCGACCUCGUCUUUAUCUCAGCCCUCUCCUUUGGUCACUCCUCCCUGUGAUUUUGCCAGCUUGAUCUUAUCCAACGCAACCAAAGCAAUGAAGAUGAUUUCAAAAACAAUGAAAUUGUCGUGCUCCAGUACAACCGGAAGUUCUGCUCAGCCUGCUACGAAAUCAGCUUCUGGCCCUCAGGCAGCAAAGUCGAAUCUGAAAACGACCACGACAAAGUCCUUAGCUUCCAGAUCACCGACUGUUUCUGUCAACCACUCUUUUGCAUCAGUAAGACAAAGCUGGUGUGCCGCCCUCGGCGCCAUAGGAGAUGUAUUUGGUCACCUUACGCGGAACUCAGAAGUUGCUCUAGGAAAGGGGGUUCCAAGAGGCACGGACUUUUUGGAGAUUUACAAGGACCGGAAGCAUAUGCAUCAACUCGGAAUUGUGGAGCAGCCAUCAGAAUGGAACGCCCGUCUCAGGAAGAAGGAUAUCGAGGAUGACGCUGAGGUCGAACACAGUGACGACGAUGAGGAAGGGAAUGUAUCACUGACUGCGUUAACAAUAUGGACGCACACGAUGGCAAUGAGCGGGUCGAAUUUGAGUCAUUGCUCAGCAGACGUCAAAGCCUACAUGGAUGCUGUUGUACAACAAUACAAGGAAAAAGAGAAGCUGUCGUUGAAAGGGAAAAAACAUUCAGGCUUUGAAAAAGAUACACGUACCAGCGCAAAGGCUGACGUCAGUGAAAGGAGCAAUGUUCCCACCGACUGGUCCGCAUUGGAUACAGUUGCGCAGCAGCAAGCUGUGAAGGAUAUCAAAGCAUGGCAGGAGGCUACUGAAUCAAUGGGAAGGAUUGCGGAGCGCGCAGGUUUUUCUAAGGCAGUCAAGAAAUCCAUCAUGGCAGUGAGGAAGAUCCUUGAAAAGCUCGAAGAUGCUGAAACCGUCAUUUGGGCUUGCCACGCCCUUGUCAGUCUAUAUCUCACCUGGGAGAAUGUGCACCUGUUCAGGCCUGGAAUUGAGGCGGACAGAGAAGAAUUCAAGUCAAGAAUCUGGGGUAUUGGAGAAGUUGGUGUAUCACAAAUCGUAGAUUUAGUGAUACACUGGACACAUCUAAAUAGACCAGACGUGACCAGUCUUGCACUUCAAGCUCUGUAUAGUGCUUGCGUGUUUGCAGCUACGGUGCAAGAAAUAGAAGACGUGUUUGGUCCUGGCGAGAAUGGAGCCGAAGCCGUUAUAGGAGCUAUGCAAAAAGCCUUGACUUCGGGUGGUACCGCUCACCAGAGAAGAAAAGUAAUCCAACAGGGUUGUUGUGUUUUGACAACAGUUUGUGGUUACAGUAUACGUGCUCAAGUUGCCAUUGCUGCAGCCGGCGGAGCGGAUGUCAUCCUCGCUGCUCUGGAUCGUUACGACGAAGACAGCCAGAUACAAGUUAAUGGUAUGCACGCACUUGGGUUGGACGCCCGAUUACAACCUGAUUUUGACACACUUUGGAAUGCAGCUAUAUAUAGGACUGCUCCUGUUGGUGUGAAGUGGAGUCGCCGCAAAAAGGGCAGCUCAACUAGUGGGGCCACUUUAGUGGGGUUGACGCACAUCUACAAGGAAGGCAUUGGCUUUCCAUCUGGUCAGAUUGCUAGCGAAUCAGGAUGCCAGGACGAUAGCAAGGGAGAACAACGGCCUGAAGGUUCAUGGAGUCCUCAUUUAGAGAGGCUUCUAAUGGAUGGGGCAUCUCAGUUGGGUCUUUUCAGAACCGGUUUGAUUGCUUCUCCCGGAUGUGGUGGUCCUGCUUUUGCCGUGGAACUCUUCAAAAGACUAAGUAGAGAUGCCCCAUGUAGUCCAAACGCUGUUGAGAUGCAAGUUCAUGUAUGCCUUGUGAUUGGGUAUAUGACAGCACAUGAUUCAAAGUGGCGCCAUGAUUUCAUGGAGAGCGGGGCAGUGGAGGCUGUUCUCGCUGCCAUGGAGUUUUUGCACAAACAAAACCGUGAAUCUAUUGUCACAAGUUUUGGAUUAAUGUGCGAUGGUGUGGAGGUAGGCUUAGAUGCUAGAAUAGAUACCGGUGACCUCGACGAAAGUCUCAAGGCAAGCUCGGGCAACAUCAACGGCGUGUUUAGAGAUGAAAUAUCUUUUACUGAGCCGGAUGAAAGCCGAGGUUUUACAGAGUAUCUAGAGGCCCGUCUUCAGUGUGCAGCAUCAUGGGCACUAGCGGGCCUUGUGAAGGAUAGCGUUGCGUCGACCUCCCAUUUUACUUUGAAUGUAAUACAGGCACUUGCUGUUGCACUUUUAAGAUUUGGAGGUAUGACCAGAUUCAAACCCCAGAGUGCGAGAGCGGAGAAGGCACAUGCAGAAGUGUGUACUCCAGCAAGAUUGGCGCUAGCAAGAUUGGGAGUGUUCAGGAUUGGGAGCAGAGACCAGGGUCGAUUUUUACCUCAUCAUGCAGCUGAAGCAGGGGACGUCAUUUGUUUAGAGACUCUUGCCAACAAGGGUGUUGAUUUACUCAUGGCAGAUUCUCAAGGUCAAACUGCCCUUAUGAGGGCUGAAAGAGCUGGUAAAAUGGGUGCCGUCCAGUUUCUGAGAGAGUAUGCCCAUCAGCAAGGCAAACGCAAAGCACGGGAAAAAGCUAAGGCGAAGAAUAAGCAAGGGUCACGAAAGACGAAGUUAUCUGACCAAAAUGAGAUUGCUUAUGAGGAAAGAAAACUUUCUCAUGAUAUGACUAUAAUUGAACAGCGGCCUGUGGUGGAGGUUCAGGAAUCGUCAUCAAGCUGUGCAACUAAUGGCGGACUUGUCCCCGGGGAUGUCGAGGAUGAGGCCGAUGUCCGUCAUUGUGGCUCAUCAUCCGUCGUGAAGACGGAGAUUAGCUCAUCGAAGGAGGAAGCCAACUGUGGGGCAGAGGUUGUCCUUGUUGCAUCAGCAGAAACAAGCAGGGUAGAGAUUAAGCGAAAGGCCAAAGAGAAGAAGGCAGGAAGAGGACCGAAGGCGAAGCCUUCCGUUCUCUUCGUGCCUUCAUCUCGUGAUUCGUGCCUUCUUUCACAAGAUGAUUCUCUAAUGGUGGAAGGAAGAGGUGACGAGAUGCACAGUAAAUGGGGCCAUUUAUCAGAGGAGAGGAGUGAAAGUGAAGCUAAUGCGGUUACAAGAGAGGACGAACACAAUAAUGACUGCGCACCGGAGAGAAAUAAGGAGAUUGCUUGCACCCCGCAUAAAUCGAGUAUCGAACUACCUUCUGUGAAAGAAGGAGAUGUUGGUGACAGUGAAGCAAGGGAGAAGUUGAAUGUUAUGCUUCGUCAGGCAAUGUCAUCAGGAGAUGUCCAUAAUUUGCAGUCAGCUUUGAACUGUUGUGAUUCAUCAAGCAGUCAAGCUGAUGAGACUUUAGUGAAAAAGGUGAAAGGAGCCCUUGCCAAACGGUUGAAGCGAAUGCAGAAGGCAGCAGCGUUGCAGGAAAAUCUCUCUGCCGCCAUCGAAGAAGCAGAUGCCAGGCGGCUUCAGGAGGCGAUUUCAGAAAUUGAGAAAGUCCCAAGGUUCAGCGUAGUAUUUAAGAGUCAGUUGGAUACUGCCAAGGCUCUCCUGAUUGAGGUAGAGGCUAAGGAGAGGAUGCUUGAAAGUAUGGAUACACAAGCGGCUUCGGAUCGGAGCAGCAAUCUUGACGAAGUACACUCAAUGUGGUCCGAAGAACAUCUAGAAGCAGAAGAAGAUUCGAUUGGGCGAGCAUCUGAGUGGAGUUUUGUCGAGAGGGAAGACAAGGAGAUGCUUGUCGAAGGUGAUGAGAGCAUUUCCCUCAGCAGCGAAAAUGCUGAAUCGGUGACUUGGACGGAUGUUCACAAAGGGAAGCGAUGGAAGGAGACCGAGAAUAGUGAUUUGUUGGCAGGAUCUCUUCCUUAUUCUAGGGAGAUAAAAGAGAAGGGACUUUGUUGCAGUGGGGCGAACGAAGCGCUUGUGAACGAUGAAGAGGUGGCUUCGUCAAGUGUGGUCAAACUCACCGCAGCCGAGCAAGAUGCUCCCUUGCAUUUUGCAAGACCCCAUGAGUUUUCAGAACAUAGUCUGUUUGCUGCGGAACCGCUGACUUCUCUUUCUGCCACAAGAUCAUCUGAUCAGGUUCCGCCGUUGCUUCCACUUCCUCCGCAUGCAUCCACAGUUUCCCCUUUGCUGCAACCCUCUAGGUCCGUCAUAAUGCCACCACGCUCUUCUGGGAGGGCAUUGUACACACCUUCCGGUCACGAACCAAUCACACCUCAGCUAUUUCCAGUGUCUAAAGGAGUUUCGGUGGAUCACUCCUCUGAUCAUAGAUGGGGACUGAAACUUGCACCGGAAUCAGCCGAUGAAUCUUCCAGUGGUUCACACAUGGCCCGCAUGUUCGCUUCACAAUGGUCGUCUCCCUACAGGGACGAUAUAUUCCACCAGGAGUUGCGACCAGGUUCGGACAGACAAGCUGAUCAGUCUGGCUCGACUUCUGACUGCUCAGAUUCACUCGCCUCCUCGCUUGCCAGCAUAUUUCAGUCCAACUUUUCGCGUUCUUCUUUUUCAACUCUCUUCAGUAAGUCAUUCCUUGAUAUACCGACUCCUCAAACCACCGUUGAAGGUGUAGGGAUAUCACCUGAUUCCGAACCUGGAGUGAAGGUAGUCGCUUCGCCUGUCGUGCAGCCAGUGCUAGUCUCUCAGGUUUCUACACCUGCACUCAACGUCAAUGCUCGACCGUUUUUACCAGCGAAAUCUCAGAAGGCUGCAGCUGCGUCCCUUCCGCAUCCUUCUGUACAUCGUGGACCUGCUGCUCCUGCACAAUACUCCUCCUAUACUUUGAAUGCAAAUGAGUAUUCGGAGUCCCUAUCCAGAACACCUGCUGAAUCGUUCACAAUGACCGGAAUGCCUGGAGCAUUUCACCAACAAUCGGCGAUGUUCCACUCAAGCGUAGCGGACCAAGGAGGUACUGGUGCGGCAUUGGACAGGAUCGGAAUAUUGUUAGAUCAUCAUCACGACAAUCGGCUUAGCUCUGUUCCAAGGUACAAAACUUUCUCACAUAAUGAGUCUUCUACAGGUUCGUCUCUUCAGGAAGUGGCUCUUUUGGCUGCUUCGAUGGAGGAGUCAUGCUGCAUAUGUUUUGACAUGCCCAAAGAUGGGGCUCUUAUCCCGUGCGGCCAUCGCAUGUGCAAGGGGUGUGCGGAGGAGAUGAGGAGAAUACGACACCACUGUCCCAUCUGUAAUCGAUCCAUCGAUGCAGUGUUGGCCCUGUACGGUUGAGAGACGUCAUUCAGCAGAUCAUUUUUUGGUGCAAUAUGAUUCUAUACCCUCGACUAGAUGUGGCUUUUCAGACAUUCAUUCGUAUGCUGUCCUGCUUUGAGCUAAUAUACCAGUCCAGCUUAAUACCCCCACCCCGGAUUUAAGCUCGAAGGUUGUGUAUUAGUCGAGAUUCGGCCUUCAGUGCUAGGCAGGUAAGUCAUUGUUGUAUUUAAGCAGUGAAAGGGCAGCGAGUUUUCUACGACAUUAGUAUAGUAGACAGUUCCCUGCUCCUUCACUUCUAUACAAAUAUAGUAUAGUGUAGUGUAGUGUAGUGUAGUGUAGUAUAGUAUAGUAUAGUAUAGUAAGGUGUACCUUUCUUAAAAGUAUUUGCCCGUAAACGUCAUAUCUUUCGUGGACAAGACGGUUUGGUAGGUCUCGGUCUUAGCCGAACCAUGACAAGCCGAAGAGACAGCAGAAAGGAUGAAAAAACACCGCCAUUUAUCCACGACCCAUCUCAACAGUUGACAUCACAGUUGUGGUUAGUUUCGAGUCAACUCAAAUUAUCAUUGUUCUACCCGAGGGUGAUACUACCCUCGUAAGUUUUGAAACUUAGCAUUUAGUACAGUACGCACUUUCUGGAAAUAUAGGAUGUAUGAGCAUAUCACUCAGGCAAGUACCUCCAGGAGCAACCACCCUAGUGUUGGGUAUUUAAUUGCCUGCGUUGAGCUCCAUCCUUAAAGCCGGAGAUUGUUUGUACUGGAAGAAUGAGUGUACCAAUAGUAAAUAUAGUACGAAUUCUCUGGAAAUCUAGGAUCUAUGAGCACACGGGCAUCUAAUUGCCCUCGUUGAGCCUUAUCCUUUAAAACAGGAGAUUUCUUGUACUAGUAGAUUGAGUGUACCAAUAACCACGAGGAUCAGUUUUGUAUUGACAAAUUUUUACGAUAAGAAGUUUAUUGUUUGGUGGGU